AUGGGAUUCUUUUCUAGCACACAACCACCUCGACCUGCCACCGUGCCGAGCGAUGAGAUCAUCCCUCUCCAUUUCUGGAAUACUGCUUUAUGUAUGCGCGGCACGGUUUUGGAUAUCUCGCUGAAAUUUGAUGAUGUGUUGGAUACAUCAAAACUGCGCAGUGCGCUCGAGGAACUGCUCGAGAUGAAAGAUUGGAGACAGCUGGGUGCUCGAUUGCGUAUGAACCCAAAUGGAAGACUUGAAUAUCAUAUUCCAACGCGUUUCGACGCCUCGCGGCCGGCUUUCGCCAUGACCAAUGCUCAGCACGAGACAAGCAUUGCCGACCACCCCCUUGGCGCCAGAAUACCACAUGCAACCAGCACGCCUGCCAUCUUUCCAUCACCUGAUGUGUUAAGCCCUUUAUUACGCAGCGAAGACGCACCCAAAAAUAUUGAUGACUGGAUCUGUUCAGACCGGCCCCAACUAUCUAUACAUAUCAUCACCUUCAGUGACGCCACACUAAUUACUGUCACAUGGCUACACACACUGACGGAUGUUAUGGGAAUGGCAUUAAUUUUGAAUGCGUGGACUGCUCUACUUCGAGGGAACAGAGAGGCGGUUCCCAAGCUACAAGGUUUCCGACUAGACCCGCUCACAGAACUCGGCCAGCGCACCCCAGCGGAAAAAUACAUGCAUUUCAACCGUGUGUUUGGCCGCAAAGAGUUCUGGUGGUUUAUCGGAUUGAAUGUUCUUGACAGACUGUGGUACCGCCAGGAGGAGCGGCGUACCAUUUGUAUUCCCGCCGCCAGUUUGCGGAACCUCUGCCAGCAAUCAUCCAGUGAGAUCUGCGCUUCACGCGGGAAAGAAGAGCCAGUGCCCUUUGUGAGUGAAAGCGAUGUGCUGUUGGGAUGGUGGGUGCGGAGUCUUUACAGCGCGCUGGGGCUCAGGACGGACCAAACUAUCCUAGUGAACAAUGCGCUAAACCUGCGGACAUCUUUGCAUGAAUCCUUUACGUCCAACAAUAGUGCAUACAUGGGAAAUGCACUGUGCAUGUCGCCGACCUUUCUACGCGGCCAUCAGGUUGCCGACGAGCCGUUAGGCCAAAUUGCUCUCCGGAUUCGAGAAUCUGUAACGGAACAGCGAACCCCAGAGCAGGUCGAGGCGAUGACAGCACUUCAAAUGCAGACGAUGGAACAGACAGGCUAUCUGGCCUUGGUCGGCGAUCCUCGGAUGAUGCUGCUAUCUUGCUCCAACUGGCACAAGGCCCGUCUCUUUGACAUAGACUUCUCGUCGGCCGUGUUACAAAGCUCGGGUCCGUCGAGCCUGCAGAACCCUCAACAUACAGGAAAGCCAUGCUAUGUGAAUGGAGUUCAGCACUCCGCAAAUUCAUUUCGCAACGUUCUUUCAGUUAUAGGAAAGGAUGCUGGCGGGAAUUGGUGGUUAACCGGUGUUCUACGAACCGAUGCAUGGACGCAUAUCGAAAAACAAUUGCACAAAUUGGGGUCGAGCUAG